AAGCAAGAGUUUUUAUAUAUAUCUUUAAUUAUUUUUUUCUGAAGUGACUGAAUCUGUGGGCUGUUCUGCACAUAAGACUCUUUGACAGGCUGCCGAUCUUCAAGUCACACAAAAGCUUUUUGUACUUUUCUUGCUUAAGCGAAUUUCUUAAAGCCAACAGAAGAAGCCAACAGAAGAAGAGGAACAAUCGACAAACUCUCCGAAGGAGGGCUCUCCUGGCUUUAAAAAAAAUCUUUGGAAUUCCUUAAAGUUCUCAGCAAAGGGGGGCAGUUUUUUUUUUCUCUUCACAACUCUUGAGUUUGUAAGGGCUAAUUUCGCUGCAGCGGCGGCUUCAUGGUUCGUAUGAAGAGGGCAGUCCUAGUCCUUCCCUUCACAGCACACUUCUAGUGGAAAACACAUUUCAACAGCUCGAAAAAAAACCGACACAAAGAAGGGGGAACGCGUUUUAUUUGAACGAAAGUGCAAAGAUGACGGCAAAGUCCCCUCGGAUUGACGUGUUUAAACUUUUGUGAAACUUGUUCGACGCUUUGGAAUCAACCGAAAAACUUGUAACGGACUUAAAACUUAGGAAGCACAAAACCGGCUGCAGAUCGAAAUAAAGCAGGACUUGGCGAAAACUUAGGAAGAGUGGCUUGGCAUUCGGGACCUCGCAGACCGGCUGUGUGUUUUGGAGCAACUUGAGGAGCUUCUUCAGAGCAGUGACCCUAGUGAAUGUCAGCACCAUGAGCAGCCAGUAGUGACACACGACAGCAGCUACAGCAGCUACAGCAGCCGCACAGAUGUUUCGGAAAAAAGCCUCAUCCUCCUUGAGAAUGCGGGGAAUAUCAGAAAACAAUAGACGGAGUGUGGACCGUGCCCGAAGCUCCUCCUUCCAUGAGGUGGGCAGGUCACGAGAGCUGGAAAUGAGGGCGGCAGCCUCAGUUUCCGAGGACACUUCAGCUAGCAGCAGCAGCGGUAGUGGCCAUACAGUUCUGCAACGGCUCUUGCAGGAGCAAAUGCGAUAUGGCGAGGGCCGAAAUUACCUUGCCCUGCAGCAACAGCAACAACAACAACAGCAGCAGCAGCAGCAACAAGGUCCAGUGAGUGGAUACCCCGGCCCUGGCAGCCCAGGGGACGAGCUCUCGAUGGUCCCUCACAUUGCAAGGCAGGAGCCUCAGGGCCAGGAGCUGCAGGCAGACAGUGGCAUGGAAAAGCUCAGCACACGCACUGCAGGAGGAGGAGGUGGCGGCAGUGGAGGCACCGGGUCAGGCGGUGGAAGCUGCGUGAGCGGACAGGGGCAGAAUCCUGAAGACCUACCCACCUAUGACCAAGCCAAGGUGCAGUCGCAGUACUUCCGUGGUCACCAGCCCCAGCAGCCUCAACCACAGAUACCCCCGUCAGUAGGUGCGGCAUUUUAUGUGACUGGCGUCAGCAGCCCUAAGGUGCGACCCCCAGAGGGCAGGCCGACGGUACAGAGAGUAAAUGGAGGCAAAGUUCACCAAGACGACGGGCUCAAGGAUCUAAAGCAAGGCCAUGUGCGUUCUCUCAGUGAAAGACUAAUGCAGCUCUCGUUGGCCACCAGCGGGGUCAAGGCUCAUGCGCCUGUUACUAGUUCACCACUUUCCCCCCAGUUGCCUCCACCUGGACUUCCAGGAGACUAUUAUAAACCCUCUGGGCCCCCACACAGGGGUCCACCACCAGACUACCCAUUUAAGGCAAUGCCCUCUCCACCAAAACAGCAGCAGCACCAUCAGCACCAGGAGCCUGGACACUUCUACCCAGACCACCGUGGCACAAGCCAGCCAGCCAGAGCUGAUAUUCCUCAUGUCCGGUACCAGCCACCACCAGAGUAUGGCUCUUUCCGGUCAAGUAAGGAGAGUUCAAGUCACUCUCAAAGGUCUGUCCAUCACCAUAGCCCUUCAUCUUCUGUUACAUCAGGGGGCUCUCUCUCCCGUGCUCAGUCUUCCACUCUCAGCAGCAUCUUGGCCUCUUCCCACCCUCCUCCACCUAUGGUUCACCAGGGAGAGCAACCCUUCCCCAUGGGUGCUCGUAGCCCACAGGGGCUCGGUUCCCACCAAGGUGAUCCAUACGGCCCAGGUCCAGGUCAUCCUCCCCAUCAGCGCAGUCAUGCGUUUCCUCAUGAUCCUUACGGGUCAGCUCCCAGGGGCCUCCACAUGCACCAGCACCAGUACCACCAGCAGGGCUCCCAGCAGCAGCAACAGAAUCCAGGACAACACUACCCACAUCCACACUCCAUGCAGGGGGAUCCCUACGCCAUGCUGGCCCGUGCCCAGCAGAUGGUGGAUAUGCUGUCUGAAGAGAACCGCUUGCUUAAGCAAGAGCUGGAAGUGUGUGGGGAAAAGGUGUCCAAACUACAAAAGCUGGAGACUGAAAUCCAGAUGGUGUCCGAAGCCUACGAAAAUCUGGCCAAAUCAUCCACAAAGAGGGAAGCUCUUGAGAAGACCAUGAGAAAUAAGCUGGAGAUGGAGGUGCGCAGGGUACACGACUUCAACAGGGACCUAAGAGAGCGAAUGGAAACAGCCAACAAGCAGCUUGCAGCAAAAGAUUGUGAGGGCACAGAGGACAAUCGCAAAACCAUCUCACAGCUUCUGGCUCAGAAUAAAGAGAAUCAGAGAGAGAAGGAAAAGCUGGAGAUCGAGUUGAAUUCGCUUCGCUCCACCAAUGAGGACCAGCGCAGGCACAUUGAGAUCCGUGACCAGGCCUUAAACAACGCCCAAGCCAAAGUGGUCAAGCUGGAGGAGGAGCUGAAGAAAAAGCAGGUAUAUGUGGAGAAGGUGGAGCGGAUGCAGCAAGCUUUAGCACAGCUUCAGGCCGCGUGUGAGAAGAGAGAACAGCUCGAGCAUCGACUACGUACUCGACUGGAGAGAGAGCUGGAAUCACUGCGAAUGCAACAGAGGCAUGGUGGUUCUCAGAAUACAGUUGGUCCUGAGUUCAGCACAACGGCUCUAAUGGAACACCUGAGAGAAAAAGAGGAGAGGAUUUUGGCCCUGGAGGCUGACAUGACCAAAUGGGAGCAGAAAUACCUGGAGGAGAGUGUCAUGAGGCAGUUUGCGCUGGACGCCGCUGCAUCUGUGGCCACACAACGAGACACAUCCUCUGCCAUCAUCAGCCACUCCCCCAGCAGCAGCUAUGACACUUCGGUGGAGGCACGUAUCCAGAAAGAAGAAGAGGAGAUUCUCAUGGCCAAUCGGCGCUGCCUGGACAUGGAAAGCAGGAUCAAGAACCUGCACGCUCAGAUCAUAGAGAAGGACGCCAUGAUAAAGGUGCUGCAUCAGCGCUCACGCAAAGAACCAGCCAGCAAAUUAGAUACCCCGGCCAUGAGGCCCUCCAAGUCCCUCAUGUCUAUCGCUAUGGGCACCGGCAGCUCCAGUGGCUCCGGGCUGCUGUCACACUCUCUGGGCCUCAGUGGAAGCAGCCCCAUCACGGAGGAACGCAGAGAAGACCGCAGCUGGAAGGGCAGUCUGGGUGUUCUGCUGGGCCCAGAGUUCAGAGGUGACUCUUUGAGGACAGAGUCCAUCUCCUCCUCUCCAUCUCCAGUCUUGCCCUCCACUCCCAUGCCAGCUGCCACACACUCAAAGACUGGCAGCAGAGACAGCUGCACCCAGACGGAGAAGGGUCAGGAGGCCAGCAAGCCGAGCACACCCGCCCUGCAGAGCGUUCCAGGACCCAGCCGGAUCAGCAGCCCAAGCCCCAUCUACAUACCCGACCGCAUCGCUGAUGUGCCAGUGUUUCACACCGGUACAUUAGAAAGGAGAGCGCCAGUGCAGUCACUCCCGCAGCAGAGCCUCCCGCCACAGGACGUGGACAGCGAGAUGGUGGAAAUACUCAUCUGAUCACACACAUAUUGACAAAGAAACAACUUAAAGCAGGUGAAGGAUUCCUUCUCUCAGUUACAUUUUCAGAUCAAGAUUGUCAGGACAGAGGGGUUGUUUAGGAACAAACUUUACAACAAUCAGCGAACAACAAUAUACAACAACAUUUUUUUUGUACAGUAUUGUCUGGUGGACUUUUUUCCCCUCCAGACCCUCGGACCAAAUGUACUGGCAUAAUUUUUUACAUUUAUUGCACUACUUUGUGUUUGUAUUUACUUAUUUUUUGGUAUGCAAUUGUUUUGUAGUGUGGCACUUGAGUAUCUUGCAAAAUGAUGAGUAGCCGAACAGUUGUUACAUGUAAAUACUGCAUCGGAAUACUGUAAAUCUGAAUGUCGUAGGGCCUUUUUUAUUCUAGGACGCAAUGUCUGUACGGCAUGUUCUGUAUGGUUCACAGCGCACUGUUUAAGAGCAAUGGACCAACAAGCAUUCACCUGUGUGUCCAGAAGCUCCAGAAGUAUGUGAAAAUAUGAGUGACCCAACUGGUUUUGGGUUUGUCUGUAUGAAAGUCUGUAGUUUUUCAAUCAAAACUGAGGUCCAUCAUUCCAGUAGAGCUACAGCAGCCACAAACGUGCCUUGGUUGAGAGGUACCUCACACACCGGACUUCCAGGUCUGUCCUUUCACAUUUUGGAAAUCCUCCAAACCUCUCGUCAACGUGAUGGUUACUCUGAAGUCAUUUUUUGAUAGCUUUUUUUCAGUCUUGUGGUUGCAAGACAGACAUUUAACUCUUGACCAAAGGAAUCCGUAAAAAAGACGCAAAUUAUACGCACAUUUUUUAAAUAAGGGCCAAGCAACGAUCCUCAGGUUAUUAAGAGGGUCUAACCCAGGGGUGUCCAAUCCUGCCCCUGGAGGGCCACUGUCCUGCAGAGUUCAGCUCCAACCCCAAUUAAACACACCUGAACCAGCUAGGCAUACUAGAUACCUCCAGGCAGGAGUGUUGAGGCAAGUUGGAGCUAAAUUCUACAGGACAGCGGUCCUCCAGGACCGAGUUUGGACACACCUGGUCUAACCUAAUUCAAAAUUAUACGGAUGUGUAAAUGAAAUUAUUCCAUGAAAUCAGGAAAUAUCUAUGAAACCAUCUGAUUUUACUGCUUUCAUAAUUUUCUCAUGUGCUUCAUAGCUUUUGGAAUUUCUUCCGACCUCUGGAUCUGAAUUUGCAAGAGAUUUUCUGUUUGACGCUAAGUCUCUGACGUCAAUGUGACGUCUGUUCGAUGUGUCCAUUUUCAUCUGGAACAUGUUACGUUUAAGGUGUUUGCACUUCUGAACCACAUUUCUAAAACAUUCCCUGGCAGAUGUUACAACAACAUUUAGACGAUUUAUUUAAUUCACUUAGGUUUCUCAGGUGCUUAUACACAAAUAUGACCAUUAAUACACAAUGCUGUCCAGAUGAUACUUGCAUUUACAGAUGCCUCACGAUGUGUGCUCACUGGGGUUGUUUGGUGAUAUUUGUCAUUUAUGCAUAAAUGAAUGAGCAAGUUUGAGUUUCUAAAGCAGGUCAUUAUUUCAAAAAACUCAAAAGCAUGUAUAAAUGACUACACUAAUGUUCUAACCCCUAACUUUGAGCAGUUAAAACUUGGCACUAAGCAUAUUCUGCCCCCUGUAAGACACAAAUCAUUGUGGCAUAAUACCACCUGUGCUGCGUUCAGCCCCGACAAAACGUUGCAAAACGUUUAAGCGGAAACAGUGGUGUGUUGAACACCCCGUUCUGAUGACGCAAGAGUUGCAACUAUGGCAGCUGAGAAGGCCAUUCUUUGUGUUCCUGAUGAAGUCAGUAUAAAUACGUGUUUAACCCGGAAACCGUAGCAAAACGUUGCGCACUGGUUUGAGCUUGAAUGUGCCCCUGGAGAAAGAGAUCUGUUAGCAUUCCAUUUCCUCUCAAAGGUCCUUCUGGUGCAGGUAGUGUCGGUUUGAGCCAAUCACCUGAGCCCUAAAUGCCAUGUGCCUAAUGUGGAGCCAUUAUAUGAUGCUUUCAAAAACACAGGGCUAAAGAAAUGUGAUCCUACAUAGCAGUUUCAUAUUUACAGUUCAGUUUUUGGGAAAAACAAACAAACAAACAAAAAAAAACAUUCACGUCAUCACAUACAAGUCUAAAAGCUUUUAAACUUUUUUUCAAAAUUAUUUAAAUAUAUUUCCCUGAAAAACAGAUUCAAUAGCAUUUGAUAUUAUGGAAACAAAUUUCACUGUAGUUGAUUUCACAUUUAAUUAAUUUUGAAACAUGGACAAAAUCAAAUUCAUUUACAAGUAUAAGUAUUUGAGCACAGACAGUCUCAGUUUAGCACACUGUGCCUCGGUACUUGACAUUUUGUACACUUUUUUUUUUUUUUUUUCUCAUUCACUUGAAAUAGAAACUGGUUAUUUUUACUUCCUUCCUGUCUUUCCGUUUUAUAUAAAAUCUAAAAACAUUUCCGGCACUGUUAGAUCAUCCAUUGUCAAAACACUCAAUGGAGUAUUUAAGACCGUUUCAGCAAGUUUGAAGAGCAUUCAUCUAAUUUAGGCACAAACUAAGACAAUGGACCUAAGAGUGGACUGAGACAAAGGUGGGACAAAAUGCUGAUAAACAUGCACAUUACAUUUAAAAUAGGUUCACUGAAUGCAAACUGAUACUGUCCACAUUAAAAUGCUUUCAAAUUGUCAUGAAAUUCUACAUACAGAAAAAGCUAAACUAAACAGAGUUAAAGUUUGUGCUGGUCAGUCUAGCUGUGAGGAUAAUCUAGUCAUGGGAGUCAAGAUUUCAUUACUACAUUUAUCAGUUUGUUCCACUUCAAGCCUCAGUGUAGUUAUCUAAACCUAUCUUGAUGGUCUUGCUACAUUUGAUACUUUAAAGUUUGAGCUUCUAAAGGAGAACGUGUCGUAGUCCAUCUCAGGACGAAUUACAAGAAUGUGUUUUUGUAUUAUUGUUUUGUAUAGUAUCUACCCUUUUGUCCCAACAAUGGGCAUUUUACGUAUUCUUUUCUUCACAAGGAAUAUUUUCAUUCAUUUCACUAGUAUUCAUUACAAAAUUUCACUCUAGUUGCUGCUUGACAAUUAAUUUGAAUUAAACUGUAUUCCUGUUCAUAAUUUCCCAUCUUAUCUCAUGCAGAUGUUGGAUAAGGCUUUACAUUUUUCACUUGGUUUAUAGUCUAAAGUGUUUCAGUUUUUUUCUCCUUGGUUAAUUUAAUUUUUUAAUAAACUGAUCCAAUUGCAGCA